AUGAGGCCCAGGGUGGAGUGCUACUCUCCAAGGUUUUGGCUGGUGCUGGCAGUCCUCGCAACAACAGGGAGCGGGGCCCAUGCCCAGAAAAGCCACCCGAGCAUUGGCAUCGCGGUCAUCCUGGUGGGGACCUCGGACGAAGUGGCCAUCAAAGAUGCCCACGAGAAAGAUGACUUCCACCACCUCUCAGUGGUGCCUCGGGUGGAGCUGGUGGCCAUGAACGAGACAGAUCCCAAGAGCAUCAUCACCCGCAUCUGUGACCUCAUGUCUGACCGGAAGAUCCAAGGGGUGGUAUUCGCUGAUGACACAGACCAGGAAGCCAUUGCCCAGAUCCUGGACUUCAUCUCUGCCCAGACCCUCACUCCCAUCCUGGGCAUCCAUGGAGGCUCCUCUAUGAUCAUGGCAGAUAAGGAUGAGUCAUCCAUGUUCUUCCAGUUUGGCCCAUCAAUAGAACAGCAAGCUUCUGUCAUGCUCAACAUCAUGGAAGAAUACGACUGGUACAUCUUCUCCAUUGUCACUACUUACUUCCCUGGUUACCAGGACUUUGUGAACAAGAUCCGCAGUACCAUUGAGCACAGCUUUGUGGGUUGGGAACUGGAGGAGGUCCUUCUGUUGGACAUGUCCCUGGACGAUGGGGAUUCAAAGAUCCAGAACCAGCUCAAGAAGCUCCAAAGCCCUGUUAUCCUCCUCUACUGCACAAAGGAAGAGGCCACCUACAUUUUUGAGGUGGCCAACUCAGUGGGUCUGACAGGCUAUGGUUACACGUGGAUCGUGCCCAGCCUGGUGGCAGGGGAUACAGACACAGUGCCAUCUGAGUUCCCCACCGGGCUCAUCUCUGUCUCAUAUGAUGAAUGGGACUACGGUCUUCCUGCCAGAGUAAGGGAUGGAAUAGCCAUAAUCACCACGGCUGCUUCUGAUAUGCUGUCUGAACACAGCUUCAUCCCUGAGCCCAAGAGCAGCUGUUACAACACCCAGGAGAAAAGGAUUUACCAGUCCAACAUGCUCAACAGGUACCUGAUCAAUGUCACCUUUGAAGGCAGGAAUUUGUCGUUCAGUGAGGACGGAUACCAGAUGCAUCCCAAGCUGGUCAUCAUCCUUUUGACCAAGGAGAGGAAGUGGGAGAGGGUGGGCAAAUGGAAAGAGAAAAAGCUGCAGAUGAAGUAUUAUGUGUGGCCACGCUUUGAGCUGUAUCCUGACUCUGAGGAACGUGAGGACGAUCACCUGAGUAUCGUGACCUUGGAAGAGGCACCAUUUGUCAUUGUGGAGAACGUGGACCCCCUAAGUGGCACCUGCAUGAGGAACACGGUCCCUUGCCAAAAACGCAUCGUGACUGAGAACAAAACUGAUGAGGAGCCAGAUUACAUGAAGAAAUGUUGCAAGGGGUUCUGCAUAGACAUCCUCAAGAAAAUCUCAAAGUCUGUCAAGUUCACCUAUGACCUCUACUUGGUGACUAAUGGCAAGCAUGGAAAAAAGAUCAAUGGGACAUGGAAUGGAAUGAUUGGAGAGGUUGUCACCAAACGGGCCUAUAUGGCUGUGGGAUCCCUCACCAUUAAUGAGGAACGUUCAGAAGUGGUGGAUUUCUCUGUGCCCUUCAUUGAGACGGGAAUCAGUGUCAUGGUGUCACGUAGCAAUGGAACUGUCUCACCUUCUGCCUUCUUAGAACCUUUCAGUGCUGACGUAUGGGUGAUGAUGUUUGUGAUGCUGCUUAUCAUCUCUGCGGUGGCUGUCUUUGUCUUUGAGUACUUCAGCCCUGUGGGCUAUAAUCGGUGCCUUGCUGAUGGCAGAGAACCAGGAGGUCCCUCUUUCACCAUUGGCAAAGCUAUCUGGCUGCUGUGGGGGCUGGUGUUCAACAACUCUGUGCCAGUACAGAAUCCCAAGGGUACCACUAGCAAGAUCAUGGUGUCGGUGUGGGCCUUCUUCGCUGUCAUCUUUCUGGCCAGCUACACUGCCAACCUGGCUGCCUUCAUGAUCCAAGAGGAAUACGUGGACCAGGUGUCUGGCUUGAGCGACAAAAAGUUCCAGAAACCAAAUGACUUCUCACCCCCUUUCCGCUUCGGGACAGUUCCCAACGGCAGCACGGAAAGGAACAUCCGCAACAACUACCCUGAAAUGCACAGCUACAUGGUGAAGUUCAAUCAGAGGGGGGUGGACGAUGCGCUGUUCUCCCUGAAGACUGGGAAGUUGGAUGCUUUCAUUUAUGAUGCAGCAGUGCUAAACUACAUGGCUGGCAGAGAUGAAGGCUGCAAGCUGGUGACAAUUGGGAGUGGGAAAGUGUUUGCCUCCACUGGCUAUGGCAUUGCCAUCCAAAAGGACUCAGGCUGGAAGCGCCAGGUUGAUCUUGCGAUUCUACAGCUUUUUGGAGACGGGGAGAUGGAGGAGCUGGAAGCUCUCUGGCUCACUGGCAUUUGUCACAAUGAGAAGAAUGAGGUUAUGAGCAGCCAGCUGGAUAUAGAUAACAUGGCAGGUGUCUUCUACAUGUUGGGAGCAGCCAUGGCUCUCAGUCUCAUCACCUUCAUCUGUGAGCAUCUCUUCUACUGGCAAUUCCGCCACUGCUUCAUGGGUGUCUGCUCUGGCAAGCCUGGUGUGGUCUUCUCCAUCAGCAGGGGUAUCUACAGCUGCAUCCAUGGUGUGGCCAUUGAAGAACGCCAGUCAGCAAUGAACUCCCCCACAGCAACUAUGAACAACACCCAUUCCAACAUCCUCCGCCUGCUUCGGACAGCCAAGAACAUGGCCAACCUGUCAGGGGUCAAUGGCUCACCACAGAGUGCCCUGGACUUUAUCCGCCGCGAGUCAUCCGUCUAUGACAUCUCUGAGCACCGCCGCAGCUUCACCCACUCAGACUGCAAAUCCUACAACAACCCCCCGUGCGAGGAGAACCUCUUUAGUGACUAUAUUAGCGAGGUGGAAAGGACCUUUGGCAAUCUCCAGCUGAAGGACAGCAAUGUGUAUCAGGACCACUACCACCACCACCACCGCCCCCAUAGCAUUGGCAGCACCAGCUCCAUUGACGGGCUCUAUGACUGUGACAACCCGCCCUUCAACGCCCAGUCGCGCUCCAUCGGGAAGAAGCCCUUGGACCUGGGGUUGCCCCCUGCCAAGCACAGCCAGCUGGGUGACCUUUAUGGCAAGUUCUCCUUCAAGGGUGACCGUUACGGGGGCAGUGGGACCCAUGACGACCUGAUCCGCUCAGAUGUCUCUGACAUUUCCACUCACACGGUCACUUAUGGCAACAUUGAGGGCAAUGCAGCCAAGAGGCGGAAGCAGCAGUACAAGGACAGCCUGAAGAAGCGCCCAGCCUCUGCCAAGUCCCGGAGGGAAUUUGAUGAGAUAGAACUGGCCUACCGCCGGCGACCGCCCCGCUCACCUGACCACAAGCGCUACUUCAGGGACAAGGAAGGGCUACGGGACUUCUACCUUGACCAGUUUCGGACCAAGGAGAACUCACCUCACUGGGAACACGUGGACCUGACGGAUAUCUACAAAGAACGGGGAGAUGAGUUUAAGCGUGACACGGGAGGAGGAGGAGGGGGUGGAUCCUGCACUAACAGGGCCCAUCACAAGCAUGGCUCAGGCGAGUUUGGUGGAGGCAAUGAGCACAAGCAUAGCGUUGUGAGUGGGGUCCCAGCGCCAUGGGAGAAGAACCUGACCAAUCUAGACUGGGAAGACCGGACCGGGGCUAAUUUCUGCCGCAGUUGCCCUUCUAAGCUGCACAACUACACGCCAUCAACGGUGGGGCAGAACUCCACCCGCCAGGCCUGCAUCCGCUGUGAGGCUUGCAAGAAAGCGGGCAACCUGUAUGACAUCAGUGAGGACAACUCACUUCAGGAGCUGGACCAGCCACCUGCCCCUGUGCCCGUGGCCACCAGUGCCACCUCCUCCUCCAAAUAUCCUCAGAGCCCUUCCAAUUCUGCCUCUAAGGUGCAGAAGAAGAACCGCAACAAACUCCGCCGGCAGCACUCCUACGACACCUUUGUGGACCUGCAGAAGGAUGACUCGGCCCUGGCCCCCCGCAGCGUCAGCCUCAAGGACAAGGGCCGCUUUUUGGAGGGGAGCCCCUACGCCCACAUGUUUGAGAUGCCAGCCAGUGAGACCACCUUUGCCAACAACAAGUCCUCAGUGCCCGCCACCAGCUACCACCACCACAACAACCCCGGCAGCAGUGGGGGCUACAUGCUCAGCAAGUCGCUCUACCCCGACCGGGUCACCCAAAACCCUUUCAUCCCCACUUUUGGGGAUGACCAAUGCUUGCUCCACGGCAGCAAAUCUUAUUUCUUCAGGCAGCCUGUGGUGGCAGGAGGGCCCAAAGCCAGGCCAGACUUCCGAGCCAUUGUCACCACCAACAAGCCGGUGGUCUCAGCCCUUCAUGGGGCUGUGCCAGCCCGUUUCCAGAAGGACAUCUGUAUAGGGAACCAGUCCAACCCCUGUGUGCCUAACAACAAAAACCCCAGGGCUUUCAAUGGCUCCAGCAACGGGCAUGUUUAUGAGAAACUCUCCAGUAUUGAGUCUGACGUUUGAGUGAGAGGGGAAGAGUGUGGGGAGGGACUGGGGAUGUAUGUGGAGCAUGGGAGGGCGGGGUGGGAUCAAUCCCAUCAGCUACUCUCCUGAGUCGUCCUUAGUUUGUGGGAUACUGGAGUUGUGAGUAGUGCAGCACUGGUGACAAGUGCCACCUCUUUGGUUUCCCCUCUUCCUCCUCCUUUCCCAAGCCUCCCGUUUUAUCUCUUUUUCCAUGUUCUCGCUCCUCCCAUUCUCCUCCAUUCCUGGCCAUUGCACUUUACAGUGAUGUCGGAGUUGGAUGUCCUUGCUCAUGGUUUCAGGAAGCAGAGAAAAAGGCAGGGAAGGGGUGGGCUGAAGAAGAGCAGCACUGACUUUAGUGUUCACUUCUGCUGGCUCCCAGCAGGGAAAGGCAUAUGCACACACGUCUAUGUGCGUGUGUGACAGGAGGAGGCAGCAGCAGCAGUGUAAUGGACAUGCAGGAAAACAUGUUUGCUCAGGCAACUGUUCCUAAAACUGCCUAGAAGAGAGUAGUGUUUGACGUGGAGAAAGUGAAGGGAGAAUAACAACACUAACUUGAUGAUGCACUUACAUGUUAGCUAUAUUGAGGUUCUUGUUACAUUAUUUUGUGAAGACUAUGGGGGUUUAGGGCUGAAAUAUAUAUAUAUAUAUAUAUUUGCGUAUAUGCUGAGAAAUUUUACGCUAAAAUUUUGAAUUGUCUGCUGGGGGGUGUGGAGGGAGGGAAGAUUUGUCUGCAGGUCAGGCUAGUGGUUUCACUAUGGCUAUUACAGCCAUUGAAUCUGUGGCGGACCAGUGGAAGAGAGAGAAAAGAAGUGAAAUAUGAGUUUGAGCCUCCCUGACUCCAGGUUUGGUUUUCCAAACUUAGACAAAAGAUGCUGGUUUGCACAGAAAUAAGAAGGAUUUGAGGAACGAGGAACAGGGUUGGUUUGUUAGCUGUGAGCUGCUCACUAGUUCUGGCAUUCUUCAAGGGUGGGAGCAGUAUAUUGUAUGGGUUUGCCUAUCUGCAAGUAUAUAUGAUAACUUUAUACUUGAAAUGUCUGUGAAGAAAGCAAAAUAAACCCAGUAUCCUGUGAGGUGUCUGGAGAACAAACACAGUAGAACAGACUUGAAGAGUAGGAAAAGGUUGGGAGUUUUUUCACUGUCACUUCAGGGGACACCAAACCCAUUUUGGCAUGUCCUUUCAGCAAGGCUGGGAGAGAAAGAAGGAGCUUAAUCCUUCUGCUCUUUCUACACUCAGCCAGCAGGUUGGAAUGCAAAGAAUAGGGUGCCCUCUUCCAAUGGUGGAAAGGAAAAAAGAAAUGCCUAGAAGGGUGCGUGUGGUGGUGGUGGUGCUGGUGGACUGUUUCCAUGCCUCCUUGCACAUGUGAAAAUGGGAGGAGGGUGUAUGCACCCGUGGGAAAUACAUGUGUAUAUUUACUAUUGAAUGUACAGAGGAAGUACACAGCUUGUCUUCCUGGGAAGGGAUGUGCUUGAAUAAAUGCCAGAGAGCACAGAAACUUGUGCUGGAGACUGAAGAUGUACAAAGCUGAGAUGUGCGUGUAUGUGUGUGUGUGCCUCUGUGUGAAAGAGAGAGAUACUAGCACAGGUGUAAAGCUGGAAUAGCCUAGGGUUUCCCAUCCCUGCAGUUGUAGUGACAGCUUUCCUGGUGCACUUAGUAUCAAUAAGAGUGUUUUUUCUUUUCAUUGUAUCAUUUUAGAUGCAAGUGAAACUAAAGGAAAAGGAGCAAUGGUAGGAGUGAGAAGCUGAACACACCUUUCAUAUGUCAUCUAUCUCCUGAGGUGGGGGUGUGGACCGACCUCUCCCAUCCUGAGAGAUAUGGCAAAGUCUCUAUGGCUUAUCCUGGGUCUGUCCCAGUGUCUCAAUCACCAUGGCUCACCAGGUGAAGGGUUGAGAGAGUCCUGUGCUGAGAGCAUGGGGACACCGCUGAGGAUUUACUCUGAAGGGAGAUGGCAGCCCUGUCUUUAUGAGCCACAUUUCUUGAGCUGAAAGCCACCUCUCUCACAUUCCUCACCACACCAUGGUUGAUUUUAUCUUAUCGUUCUCUUUAUAAGCCAACAGAAGGCCUUUUAUUUAUUUACCUAUUUAUUUAAUUUAUUUUUUAAGCUGAGGCAGGGGGGAGGGUGGGAUUUACCUGUUAAGUCAAAGUGUGUAAGGAAAGGGUGGGCAGGGUUGGUGAGGGGAAUAUUUUCUUAUAUUUCACAGAGGAAAUUAAGGAGGAAAGAGGGGAAGAGUCUUUGUGAUGCCACCCCCUAGUCUUUGGGGUAAGGGAACUUCUUACUCUUUCCCUCUUCUCUCAUUACAAGGACAAAAAGGAAAAGAAAAGAGAAAAAACAGAAACCAAACAAAUUAACAGAGCGAUCUGCAAUCCAGAACACAUGGCAGCUUGUCAGAUUCCUCUGAUAGCGGCCACCAAGAAGGCGUUCCUUUCUUUUGUAAAUAUUUCUUUUUUAUUGCGUUUUUGUAUAAAUUGGUGUUUCUCUUCUCGUGAAUAUUCAGGUCGUGGGGUGGGAGGGAGGGGAAGUUUGUUUCCGUUCUGUUUGUUUUCUAUGACUUUUCAGGCUGCAUUUUUGGAAGCGGUUUACGCAGGUCGAGGCCGUAUGAAUGAGGAAAAAAAAAAGAGAGAGAGAGAGAGAAAGAGAGAGAGAAACCCAUGUGUGUUGUGUUCCCCCAAGGCCCCCUGUAUUGCCCUGUCACCUUUAUCUUCAUGAAUGGAAGACGCCGGAACGUCACUUCAAGCCUUGCCAGCAGGGUUUCAUGUUUUGAUGGGAACACCCCCAAUUCCUUUUUGCAUAUAAACUCUCUGUACCAGCAUCUCUCUGUGGAAUUUGGGCCUCAAGGCACUACACUGUCUUGAUAGUGGUGGGGUGAACCAUCAAGUUGGCCACUCAGGUUGGACCAUCAUUUUGACAUUAAGAGACUUCUCCAAUGCUACUUUGGUUUAGAAAUCUUGGACCUGGGAAAGCUCGUGAUAAUUUCUGGUAUUUCCUAAGGGCUUGGGGUUGGGAAGCUUGACAGCUGACGAGGGCAGCUAAUCUCUUUGGUGGUUAUCUCGGUACUUAUCCGUCCCUCCCCACCUGGAACGAGGAAACCUGGAGGGUGGCUCUGCAGGGAAAUUAAGCUGAAAACAAACCAAAAAGAAGUUAAUGGAACUUUUUUCAAAUCUCUUCUUAAAGGUUCUGAUUUUUGUGUUCCGGGUUGAAAGUUGGUUCGUAUUUUCUCCGAACUGGUCUGUCCCUUGUUCCACUGAUCGGCAAAUGAUAGUUUGCCAAAAUCAUUAUCUAGUAUUCUUACUGUUGUAGCACUGUUAACACUCUGAGUGCUCUGCAAAUAUUAACUGUGCCACAAACCACUCAAAUGAAUGCUCUAGGGCAACCAGAAAAGAAGAACUGGAAAUUCUGGACUGAACCACUGGUCUAACCACAGGAGUCUGGUAUUUUGCCUUCUCCCUUAAUAUAUUAGGCCACGUGUCCAUCAGGUUAAUCCUUUCUCCUAUAAGUGAUCUUUUCUGGUUGCUUUGUUUAUUUUAGUUCUGACAGGUCAACAAGUUUUUGGGACAGAGAUGAAGGGGAAGGGGUGGGAGGGGGGAGGGUAUAAUUCAUAAUCAAGAAAAUAAAUCAAUGAUGUUAUUAAACUCUGAUUAUAUAUUUAGAAUUUUAGAUUUGGUGUAUUUUCAUUGUAAGUAUUCAAGUGAAUCAAACAGGUAAUAUUAGCAGCAGGUGUUGUCUAUACUAGAAAACCACCCAUGUGCUGUUUAUUACCUGUCCAGAAAAGAAUGGGAUUUCAUACCAGAGCCUGACAAAAAUCCACAUCCCCUGCCUUACCAUUUCUCUCUCUCUGCUGUAGAAACACCAGUAUUUUCUGGGGCAGUGGCUGGGAACAUUUCCUCUCUCUGAAGUUUUCUGCACACAAGAAUACUGAGCAAAAACCAUUGUGUCCUCUACAGUUGGUGACCUCUACUGAUUAUUUGCAGACAGCCUCCCAGGAAAGAUUAGGCACCUUUGGCAAUGUUUCUGACAUUUACCUCCUCACUUCUAGCCAGAGACAUGGCUCUCUGAGAAGUAUUUUCAUGAGCCAUGUUCUUUUGAAGUGGUACUGGAGUGUAUGUACUCAGCUGAAGGAGGAUGUCUAUGACGGAGAUGAAGGAAAUAUGCAAAAAAUAUCAGAAAUGUGCCAUACACAGUAGAAAGCAACUGGCAGGUAGAACUUGCAGCCAUGGAUCUCCACAUCAUAAACCUUGUUGGAGUAUUCACACCGACUUUUUACUGUAGUGCAACACAACACAGGCUGGUGUACCAGUUCUCUGUCUCCCAUCAUGCCUCCCAGAGACGGCAGUAUCAGAGCUUGCAAUGUCAUAUCCUAAGCAGGCAAGAAAAGCUGCAGUCAGAACUUGUUGUCAGUUGAGACAAUGAAGCACAUCAUCCCCAUCUCAACAACAGCAAUGACAAAAAAAUCCCAUUCUGAAAUCCAGCAUGCAUUGUCAGAACUCUCCAAGUGAGAACCCCGGUGGGUUCAAAAUGGUCAGCAAUAUCAAAGUAUGAACUUUGCCUGCAGGGAACUGGUACUUCAAUUUCCAGCAUACUGGGGAGGAAGGUUCCUUUGUGGCGUUGCAAAGGAUUUGAUGGAGGGGUUAAAAGUUGCCAGAAUGGGCCUCUUUUUCAGCAAUGUCUGCUGAUGUUGAGCUCCUCACUCCAAGAAGACAUUAGCAUCCAUCUUGAAUAGUGCCCGUUUUUACAUUCAGAGUAGGCUGUUGCUCACAACAAAAUUGCCAGCAAAAGAGAGAGGGGGAGAUAAAGAAUGAAUAUGAUGGUGGUGACAGGUUGGAGUGAUCAGAGAUACCUCAGGGAUCUUCAUAGGCAAGUCUUUGCUUUAGAGCUUUCUAUCAAAUAUGGCAUAUCCUCCCACCUCCAUUGCUUAUCAACAGAUGGAAGCAAGCCUGGGAACACAGCCAAUGAUCAGACUUAGGCCUUUCACACAUCCUCCACUCCAGUCAAGCAACCUUUGAUGAGCCCUUCUCUUGGAGAAAGGUGGGAGGUUGCACUUCCCCACACAUUUUUGGUUGCCAAAAAGAAAGAGAAAAUGGAAGCAGACAAAGAUCAGGAGUGUUGAUGAAAGGACUUUGUGCUGACCCUCUGUGCCCUUGCGCUAUGGAAUUACACUUCACCCUCACUUUUCUAUCCAAGCUGGCAAAGGGUAGGGUCCAGUUAUGCUUCCUUUCUGUGGCAUAUGCCUGGUCACCACAGGAGUCCCUGGGAGCUGUGUGCGAGAAAGGAACCAAAUUGCUGGCAGCAAAUGGGGACAGACUCCAAGCCACGAUCCCCAUCUGCACCCACUCUUUCCCAUAAGUGCUUCCCUGCUGCUGAACACACCUGGCGUGUCCACCUGGAACACACCUACCAUGCUGCUGGAUGCUGCAGGUAGCUACACUGAGAUAGUAACUAGUGGGACCUGAUUGUUGUCCCCACAAGGGCUUAUUUUCAAUUUGCAGCCAAAUAGAUUUCCAAGCCAUAGACCCUCGCUGCAUUUACCUACAGUUCCCUGUGGCUUCCUCUCUCCUCCCCCAUCAAAAGCAAACUGGGGUGCCGAGUGUCUCACUGGCAACAUGAACACUAUUGCUUCAUCUUCAUCAUGGGCCCUCUGGACCUCCCUGGGGCUGACUGCAGACAAACCUGGGUGUCUGCCACUAGAACAGCAACAAUGAAAACCACUUCAAAAUUGGCUUUCAAUUUUUUGUCCAUUUCUUGAGAUUCCCCAAAUUCCUCUUCUAGCCAUGCCAUUUGAGUGAAUUCUGGCACCCUUCUGCCAUUGCUGACAACAAAACUGACACAGCAUAAACUUGCUUGUGUAUAGAAAAAGGCAGUGAAACCAUAUUGCAGAGAGCAGGACUCAUGUCUGCCAAUGUCAAGGGUACAGUCCCCUGAGUGCUGAGGUGAAGAAGGAGCUCUGUGAUGUGUUAGUGGUUCAGAUCCCUUAACCUGCUGGCUUCCUGACAUUAAAGGUUCACAGCAAGCACUGGUAUGCACUCCAACAGGUCAGAAAAUAAUUCCAUGCUGUGGAACAGGGGUUCCUCUGGGCAUGUACACACAUACAAGACAUACUGGGGAAGUGAGACAUACAUGAACAAACCUGAGACAGCAGGAAGCUGUGAGGUUUGUGUGCCUGUAUGUACACACACACACACACACACAUGACACAGAGUACAUUGCAGUACACUUAAUGACUCUGUCCCACAACACAUUUUUGCCAAGUAGGAACAGCGUGACCUUUCCUAAUGUUCUGCUGGUAGUUAUUUAAUUUAUGUAUUCACUUUGUGACUUUUACAUCAUCUGCUUUCUUGACUGCAGCAUUACUGUGUAAAUACAUGUGUAUAUAUGUACAGAAACUAGCUCAAGCAAUUAUAUUCAGGUUGGGAAAAGGGUGGGUUUUAUAUCUGUACAGUAUUUCCUUAUUAAAUAAUGGCAUGGGGGGGGUUGGGAAAGUUAACUUCUAAAUUGUGGUUUUAUUGGUCUGUGGUGUUUGAAGUUGUUUCAGUGGUUGCUUUUGCUGGUUCGGAAAGUUUAUCUGGAUGUUAUAUGUGUGUGCCAAGAAAGGGUCCCCAGAGAGGGGAGGUUUGGGAUUGGUAAGGGGUGGUGGGUAGCAGAGGGUGUUAAUAAUUUCCUGUAAUAAAAGCCGUGUUGAUUGCUAGGGACUGUUUGUGUGAGGCACAAGGCUGUUUCCUUCUCUAUGUGCUUUGCUCUUUGAUUACUUCCUCUUCCCUGGUCCCCAUUGUCUUCUCCCUGGGAUGCCGGCAGGGUACAUUUGUUACUGUGGAUUACAGGGACCUCCGUAUGGGCCUUCCUCUCCUGGCCAACCCUUCCUUCUCCCUCUUUUUGUGGUCUUUCCAGUACCAGUGAAAGGGGAGGGAGCAUGGUCUCAGACCCUCUGUGCCAUUCUUGAUCACUUUAUUUCCUCUGCUCUUUGUCCUUCCUCUUAUGAAGCUUAUUCAGAACCUCAUUUUCAGGUGUUUUGAUCUCUUCAGCAGCUUACUGCUUCAUCUCCUUGGCCUCUGAUCUACUUUCCCAUCUUACACCAAAUCUUCAAUUUCAUCUCAAUGCCUCUUCCCUCAGAAUUACUUAUGCUGGCUGUUCUCCCACUCUCCUUCUCUUAUUACUUUCUUGUUGCUCUGUUGUCUUCAUCAGCCUGUGCAAUGCUGUGUAGAAGAUGAGUGAAGGGCAGGCAUCCACUUCUUCUCUCCUGGAAAAUUCUAGCCAUGACCAGAUUUUUAAAAGAUGAUAUUUCGUAGCUAUUUUUGACUUCUCUGUCAUGUUCACUGAGGUAGUGUUCUGCUCUUGCACUCAAGAAAUCAUCAGUAUGGCAAAUUUGCCCAUGCAAGGGAGCAGUAAAAUUGUAUUUUCUAAGAGAGCCCAGAGAAAGAACAUAAUUUCUGUCCUUGAUGGCUGACUGAUAAAUUUAUAGCAGGGAGUUUUUAUCCACUCCAGGUUGACCCAUAUCAGGAUCAGUACCAGUUCUUUGCUUUUACUCUAUGUGAAUAAAGCAAACCUGCUGGAGAGAAGUAUGCUAACUUUUAAAAGCACAGGACACUUCCUUUAUUGCCUAGAGGCUUCUAAGGACCUAUGUGAAGUUCUGUUGUGUUGCAGACCUGGGAGUGAAUGCCCGGUAGAAUUUGGUCCCUUUCUGUCUGACAAGUCAGUAUAAGCUGAUACUUGGCAUUAUCUGCUAGGGUUGGUGGUCUGAUGUCAUAGCAGUAAGGAGAGUGAUAGGAUGGUGAAUAAGCAUGGAGAGAGCCAAUGUGAGACUGGUAGAGGCUUUAGGCAGAUGCCAAGAACAUCUCCUUCCUUCCCGUUUUGACAGUUUGCACUGGUCCUUAAUGAACAUCCAUCAACCCACCAUCCUCAAUGUCCCUGGUGCUGGCUGCUUAUCCCUGAAGACACCAGGGUCUUCUGGCCACAGUCUGAGAAAGGGCCAGUCAAUCUCUGUGUGUUUAGUGUAGUUGUGUGGAAGUACAUGGGCAGUGCAGGGAGCAAUGCAAAGGGUCAGCAUGGCCAGAGGUUAUUCAGAGCAGCGGUCUUCUCCUUGUUGCAGCUAACUCUUGCUCAAGCUGCCAUUACAUUGCAGGCCUGUGUUUCUGAUUUCUGGGUGAGAAGAACCACCACAGCCACCUGGGAAUGGAUCUCUGCUCCCAGGUGUGAGGAGGAUAGUCAGGCUUCUGAUGUACCCUUGCUAUGAUGCUGGCAUAACUGUCCCAGCAUGGUCCACAGAGGUCUGUGUACUGGUGAAUACAUGGCUACAAAUUCUUGUAAGUCUGGGAGGAGGUAUAUGUUUGCACAUUUGAGUGACUCCUGGCAGAACUCUAAACAUAAAUGGAGUUGGAAAUGGUGGCCCAUUUAGUGGUAUUGCAAUGACACAGGUAGAUAUCUCCUUGGGCAAACAUCCCAUAGAUUAAUUUAUGGCAAAAUAGUGAGUUACCUUUCUGAACAUCACAAGGCCCUUUGCUGUGUUUCCUUUGCUUAUUCAAUGUGCCAAAAGUAUAGCAUAUGGCAACAUUUGCGAGGUGUCCAGAGAGAAUGCAUUCAUUACGUGAGACUUCUCUCUAGGUCCUUGGGCACUUGGCUGGUAAGUCCCAUGUCAACCAGAAAAAGGUGAUACCUGCCCCUGAACAGACAAAAAUCAGUCAAGGGGAUAAGAUUCAAGUUUUGUACUUUCUCCCUCUGCUUUCCUUCCAGGCUUUGAAGCCAGAUCUGUCUUCACAGGCAGCUAAACCCCUGUGAAAUUCAAGGAGCUUUCAGAAGAACUACUUAGGGGUUUAGAUGCCUGGAAUGGCUUUUUUGGAUUCUCUUCCUUGCAUAGGCCUCUUCCUGCAGUGUAUUUUGCCAGGAUUCAUCUCCCAGGAACCUACCAUGCUUGAACAUAGCUUAGAGGGGUUCCCUCUGCUUGGGAUCACCAUGUGUAUGUUGCAUGCCUGUUGCUACUUGUCUGUAUUUCUUGCACUUGUCUGUCGUGGGGAGCAGGGUUGGGUUCAUGUUGGUAUGUGUAUUUAUGCAGCCUGCACACAUUUGUAUGUGUGGUGCCACUGUGCGUGUGCUUAGGUGUUUGUACGCAUGUGUUUGAGCCAAGACAAAAGCGAUGGGAGCCGUGUGCUGCUAAAGCCAGGUGAUGGUAGGUACCUGCAGGUAAAUUGGCAACCUUCUUGUUCCUUCCUGGUACACCCUGGCAUGGCUGCUGUUUUUGGAUUCCAGGGGACCAGCUCUGAAUCAGUGAUGAGGCUGGGUUGCAGACCCCUGUAGAGGGUUUGACUACAGCAUCAGAAACCCAUUCCAUGAGUUGAUUCACUUCUGUGCUUCAUCCACUGAAGCCACAUCCAUCUGUGCCACAUUUCCAAACCAUUGUGCCACACUCAUUACCUACUUUGGCCUUAACUGGUAGGUGGAGCAGGAAAACAAUCACACACUGACUGGUAAGGUCUUUUGGGAGCGAUCUGGUCAAUCUGAUCUGUGACUGUAACAAGAGACUCCCUUGCUAUUCAUUUUGCUGCCUCCUAGGGUGAUGCAAGCACUGAAGUUCCACUUGCAAGAAAACACUAGCCUGUCCUAUCUUGCUCUUGUGUCAGAUAGAUAUACAAAAAAGCUGAGCUGAAGUGAUUUGGUCUCCCAUUCCAUUAUGUGAAAGAAUAUCACUUUUGCUACUUGGAGCUGAGUAGGGAGCUUGCAAAUUCCACACUCUGGAGGGGUUCCAUUUCUCCAGAUGGGACAGUGAAAAGGGAGAGUAGAAGGAAGUGAACUUUCUGCAGCCAUUCCCCAUCCCAUUCAUUUCCAGGAGAGAUCACAAGACUGCUAGCACCAGAGAGGAUGACCUUCUGGGGGGGCCCUCCACAAACCGGCACAGCACUUUAACUGGCCAAGCUGCUGAACAAGACACUGCUGUCCUCUGUCAGCAGCCAGAAAAGACAAUCAGGACCCAAUGAAGAGAUGCCAUGAUUAGCCAGACAAGGAAAGAGCAACAUUUAGGGGCUAGGGCACUCAUCAUUUAGCCUAUCUUAAGUCUGCUUAACCAGCCCUUUAGUGCUGGUGUCACUGGGCCUCUUUGAUGGUUUAUUUUUCUUUAUAUAUAUAUGAAAUGUAAGAAAAUGACCUGUGGUCUCCAAUGAUUCAUUCUAUCAGACCACUUUCAUCCACUUCCUCCGCUUUCUUCCAUGUCUAGCUGCUCUUUCCUCUCCAUCAAAUUGUAUCCUGUGCUCUGCCAGGUUUGUCAUUUAUGGAAGAGAAGAUAUAUGUGUGUGAAUGCUUGUACAUGUGCGUGUGUGUAUUUUAGAUAUUAUUGCUAUUAUCAACAUGCUAUACACCUAAAAACUCCUAGCAAGCUGGAGCCUUCAAGAGGUGCUGUAGGAAAUGACCUUCCCACUGGAUAGCAGUCAGUGUGGAGGUUAGCACAGAAAGCUGCUAGCUUUGGAGGCCUCUUUGCCUGUCUGGUUGCUUUUCCUAUCUUUGGAGCAGGCUGUCUCUCACCUGAGGUCAGAAACACAGCAAACUGCUCUUUUUAGCGUUGCAUUUUCAAAAUUUCUAACAUGGGGGGGGG